UGAUGGCGGUAUUGAGAGUGAAGUUCACGAAGACCAACAGGGACAAGUUGGCCCAGGUGCUAUGGAUCCUCAACUGGAUCUCAGUGGUGACGGGGGCCAUCCUGUUCAGUCUGGGGCUCUUCCUCAAGGUGGAGAUCAACAAGCGAGGGGAGCUGAUGGCUGAGAGGAACAUCCAGUAUGUUCCCAAUAUGCUCAUAGCUGUGGGCCUCAUCGCCUGUGUCAUCAACUUCCUUGGUGGGAAGAUCUGCUAUGACUGUGUGGACACCACCAAGUUCUUGCGCUGGAAGCUGAUCAUGCUGCCCUACAUCAUAUGCACCUUCUUCUUCACCUUCUGUGUGCUGGUGGGGGCUCUGAUGUGUUACAGUAUGCGUGGGGAGCUGGAGGAAUCUCUGAACAUGGGACUGACUGAGGCCAUGAGGUUCUAUAAGGACACAGACACACCAGGACGGUGUUUCCUGAAGCGCACUGUGGACGUACUGCAGAUAGAGUUCCAGUGCUGUGGCAACAAUGGCUAUAAAGACUGGUUUCAAAUCCAGUGGAUCAGCAGCCGUUACCUGGACAUGUCUCAAAAAGAGGUGGUGGACCGAUUACGGAGUAACGUGGAGGGGAAGUACCUGAUGGAUGGAGUCCCCUUCAGCUGCUGCAACAUCAACUCCCCCCGGCCCUGCAUCCAGCAGCAGAUCACCAACAACUCUGCCCACUUCAACUACGAGCACCAGACGGAGGAGCUAAACCUGUGGAUGAAAGGGUGUCGGCAGGCACUGCUGGAGCACUACAACUACAUCAUGCAGUCCAUUGGCCUGGCAGUCCUCAUCACCUGGCUGUUUGAGUUGUCAGUGUUGACAGGAGUCCGUUACCUCCAAACCUCCCUGGAAAACGUGCUGAGGCAGGGAGAUCCCAACUCCGAGUCCGAUGGCUGGCUGCUGGAAAACAGCUUCAUGGAAACAGCCCGCACCAACCUGAACAUCAUCAAGAGCCUGGGCAAGAGCAACCAGAUAGACACAGCCAACAAUGGAGACCCCAACAUUAAUGUACCCUCCACGUCUAAAGCACACUACGGGCCAGACAAUGUGCCACCGAAAGAGGACAGCUGA